CAACAGCAAUGAGCUCUCUCUCCCUAUGCUCUCAUCAUCUUUCUUCUGUCUCCUCGUCAAAGCUCAAUUCCUGCAAAACCCCAAUUUCCCUCAGACCAUCUUUCCAUGGAAACCCUUACCACCUCUCCUUGUUCAAAAAAGAUUUGCGUAGCAGUCCAAUCGUCUUCUGCUCUUCCACAAAGGACUCAUCUGAUUCCGUCCCUGCUGGUGAUAACGUCCCAAGCAGCUUCUGUAUUAUAGAAGGACCAGAGACUGUUCAGGAUUUUGUUCAGAUGCAGCUGCAGGAAAUCCAAGAUAACAUAAAGAGUAGGCGUAAUAAGAUAUUUCUCCUCAUGGAAGAGGUUCGAAGACUACGUGUACAACAACGCUUAAAGAGUAGUAAAGUUUUCGACGAGAACGGCAAUGAGGAAAAUGAGAUGCCUGAAAUCCCGUCAACAAUUCCUUUUCUCUCCCAUGUGACACCGAAGACAUUGAAGCAGCUCUACCUGACAAGCUUUUCAAUCGUAUCUGGGAUUAUCUUCUUCGGGGCCCUUCUUGCACCAAUGCUGGAGCUGAAAUUAGGCAUAGGAGGCACCUCAUAUGAAGAUUUCAUACGCAACAUGCAUCUGCCUAUGCAGUUAAGUCAGGUGGACCCUAUCGUGGCAUCCUUUUCAGGUGGGGCAGUGGGUGUAAUUGCAGCUUUGAUGAUACUUGAAGCUAACAAUGUUGAGCAACAAGAGAAAAAAAGGUGCAAGUAUUGCCAUGGAACUGGAUAUUUGGCCUGUGCCCGUUGUUCAGCAAGUGGUAUGUGUUUGAAUGUUGAACCCAUUUCUGUAUCCAACGCUUCAGAUCGCCCAUUACGUGCACCCACUACUCAAAGGUGUUCAAGCUGUUCAGGUGUUGGAAAGGUUAUGUGCCCAACAUGUCUUUGCACGGGGAUGUUAAUGGCAAGCGAACAUGACCCACGAAUCGAUCCGUUUGACUAGAGAAAAUUGCAGAUCGUCGCUGUAUAGCCUUAAUUUUCACUUGGAAUUGACAGUUUAUGUUUUCUUAGCAAUUUAUGUUUUCCAAUUGUCGUCUUCCAAAGGUCAGAUUUCAACUGUGAUAUUCGAUAUCUAUGAAUAUCAUUUCUCUCCUCA